AUGCCGUUCUUCUCCCGCUACAACCCACAGAGCUGUGAGACACGCCUCCGGGGCUUGGAGAAAGCACUGGUGGAGAAGGUUGAGAAACUGCGGAAAGUGAUGGCCACUUUAGAACUUCAAAUUCGAGAUUUACUCCCGGAGAGAGAGGGAGCUGCGCAGACACUAGCUGGUAGGUGUUGCCAGAUUCCUAGGCAAAUGAAAGCAUAUGAUCAUCUCGCCAUGCAGUGUCGGCUCCUGUAUGAGCGCAUGGCGGAGGUGAACGACUCGAAGGCGUGCCCGUCGGACCUCGUUUGUGCAGUUGGCACUAUUGUAUACGCGGCUGAGGUGUUGUUAGACUUGCCGGGUAGUGAGCAGCUCGUAGAGGUUCGGCGUCAACUGGGCCUCAAGUUUGGCGAGAAGUUCUGUAAGCCAUUUCAUGAUAGCUGGACACGUGGCAUUGACCAAAACUUUGUUGCUCUCGUGGCUGUGUAUCAGCCCAAGCGAUAUGAGGUGUUUGAUGUUAUCGAGAGAAUAGCUGUUGAGAACAAGAUUCUGUGGUUGCGGCCAGUAGACAGCAGGCGACCACCGGACAUGUCAGCUCGUGUGCGGGCCUCGAUUUAUAACUCUGCUGGCUCUCCAUCGCUUGUGGCUGCGGACUUAUCGGAAGAUGGCAAUAGGGAAGGCUCGGAGACUAUCACCUAUAGGAGGUCGAUUGUGAAACAGAAUCUCGAUGGUGAUGAAACCCCGCCUGCAUCACGCUUCGCUCCGCCUCUACCCUCACAUUUGAAAAAACGAGUAUCGAAUUCUACCACUUCUCUGCCCAACGACACGCCCCGCAGAUCUACUAGUAGUUCGACUACCACCACGCACACACCUGUGAAGUCGGACGAGUGCGGCUUGGACGCGACAGCUACGCCUCGUCUGCAAGGGUAUCCGUCGGGUUAUGAUGUUCCUGUUACCGCUGAUGAUAUCGCCUAUGAGAAACUGCGUAUACGGUUGGAGCGAAUACGCAGGGGCUCAUAGAGUUUCUCUUGAGUAUUUCACCGCAUAUUGUUAGUAUUUAUAGCCACUCCUGUUGAAAGGCAGUAGCAUCGUCC